AUGGACCCUGAUCUUGAAGAUCACUACAAAGAACUUCUCACACAAUGGAAGAAAGAUGAAGACAACAUGAAAGAUGAGCUGAAUGAAAUAAAGAAAACGCUGGUUGAUUUGAAAAGUAAGGUAUCUACAUUAUUUAAAAUUACUAGAUCAUUUUAAAUUCUCUGGCCUUCGAAGUAAAUUGCAAUAAUAAGCAAAAACACGCUUUGUUAUUACGAGAAACAGGUGGAUGCUCAUGCCCCCCCUCCCCUCCCCCCCACUUCCACCUAAGGGUUACUUCCAAAUUCUUUGAGGAGAUUUUUUCACCCAACCAAAAGGAAUUCAUUUUUUAAGUUUUUUUUUGCUGAAAAUUGAUGGAAAUUUGUAGAUUAUUUCUGUACAUAGGAAAUAGUCUAAAGCUGGGUUUCAUGUAAUGUAAUGUUAUAAAAAAGUAAUAGACUAUGACGUAACAAGAGAAAAUUAUUUCAUCUUAGGGAUACACAUUACAGACUAGAGCCAAGUAAUGGGCUCCUGUUACAUAUAUGACAUAUAUCGAGAGAAGUCCCUUGGUACAGAAUAGACUGUUUAUACGACAGUAGAUCCAUUAAGGCCUUAAGGAGUGCCACAACAGUUCAAGGGAAUGUUGGUGUCAGAACCUUUCAGAGAGAUUAUACAAGAAUGUAUCAAAUUUACCAAAUUAGCAUUUUACAACCCUCUAUAAAUCAACUGGCAAUAUUUAAUGGCUAUUGGCAAGCAAGUGCUGCAGAACACGAAUUACACUGUUCUAUUUCUCGUACUUUCAUUUUUAUCGACAGACUUGAUCGCGAGCUAUGCUGAUCCUUCAAAAUCUACGGCUGAAGGAAACGGUCUGCAAGAAGCUGAAAUUGGUGCUGAAACUGACUUCAAUGUAACUACACGAGACUCGGAGGGGAAGCUGGUUUAUCAUGAAGAAGACCAAGUGACUGCGAAAAUUCGCUCUCCUAAUGGCGAAGAUGAAGAAAUAAAACCUAAGCAUUGUCAAAAUGGAAACUAUACAUUGCGUUAUGAGCCAAAGAGUAUUGGAUUACAUGAUAUUGUUGUCGAAGUAAAUGGCAAGGCGCUGACUGGUAGUCCCUGGAGAGUUCAGGUGACUGGUCAUCGCUACAAGGCUCUUCAUUCAUUUGGAUCACGUGAGAAAGGACUGGCAGAGUUUGCAGGACCAGGAAGCAUUGCAGUGAGUGAAAGAACAGGAAACAUUGCCAUUGUAGAUGCCUUAAAUAAGCGAGUUCAGUUGUUUGAUUCCAAGUGGAAAUAUUUAAGAACGAUAGGAGACAAGGGGCGUGUUGAAAGAAGAGGAAAACCAAGAUCAGUGGCAUUCACGGCAUCUGAUGAUGUCGUAGUCAUUCAUUAUGAGCCUGACCAACGGAGUAAAAUGUUCCUAUUUACUGAACAUGGCCAGUUCAUUAAACACAUCGGUCAGUAUCUGAAUACACCACUGCAUGUGUCUAUUAGAAGUGAUGAUCACAUGAUCGUGUCUGACUCAGGUGACAAUUCAGUCAAGGUCCUCACCCCCGACGGUGCAGGAUUAGUACAGUCCUUUAAUGCACCAGACUGUGAUUCUUCCCCGACGUGUGCUGUUUAUCACGAGGACAAGUUCUUUGUGUCCUAUGUAUCGGCUAACUGUGUGAAAGUGUUCAACAAAGAAGGAGAGCUUCAGUAUGAUAUUGGCAGGGAGGGAUCUGGUGACGGAGAGCUACAAUGUCCUAUAGGACUCGCCAUUGACAAGUUUAAUAACCUGAUCGUAUGUGACUCUUUUAACAGCAGACUUCAAGUGUUUUCUUUGGAUGGAAAGUUCAUUAACUCGUUUAAUGCCAGAAUGGAACGUCCUUGGUAUGUCGCUGUUACCAAAGAAGAUAAGGUGCUAGUUUCUGACACUAAGCAGAAUGUUAUCCGUAUUUUCAACUAA